AUUUGACUCCAGCUCGAUAGAUCAGUUCCUUCGUGACCGAAUCGUACUGCUAGGAAGCGAGGAGAGGAGUACCAUGGCUCUGCGACGAGUCACGAGCUCUACCUCAAAGACCAAACAGUCUCAGAGAGCGCUCUCCAACGUUUUCUCGGUUUUUGAUCAGGAUCAAAUUCUGGAGUUCAAAGAAGCGUUCAACAUGAUGGAUCCGUCGCGGGACGGAUUCAUCUGCGAAGAAGAUCUUCGGAAUGUGCUCGUUACUCUAGGGAUGCAGCCGAAUCAAGCCUAUGUGGACGGAAUGAUGAAGGAAGCUCCGGGAGCGAUCAACUUCACGAUGUUCCUCGGCCUCUUCGGCGAAAGAUUGAAGGGCACAGAUCCUGCGGAGGUGAUCCGCAAUGCAUUCGCUUGUUUCGACGCGGAUCACACCGGCUUCGUGAAUGAGGAGUUGCUAAGAGAAUCUCUAACAUCGAUGGGUGACCGAUUCACGAGCGACGAGGUCGAUGAAAUGUUCCGCGGCGCACCGAUCGACUCAGCCGGUAAUUUCGAUUACCGAGAAUUCACAAGGAUCCUAAAGAAUGGAGUGAUGGACGCCUGA